AUUUACUCAAAUUCUUCCUUAAAUUUCAUCACGUUCACUUUUUAAAAAUGAUCCAAAAGGUGUUUCCUGACAGGAAUGACUGGGUUUUCAAACAAGUAGGCCUUAAUUGUGUCCAUGUGUUCCAGUUGGUGUAUACUGUUUAUCUGCACCAUUUCUAAAUGCGCUCAUAAAUUAGCAAUGCUAAAGAACAGAUUCAACACAAUAUCCUGUGUUAACAGGCUGCUAAUGUGAGUAUUCUAACACAGCCUUACUCGACGAGGAAUAUUUUAAGUGUGUGUGGGCAAUUAGUUAGCGUAGCCCAGGCCUGACGGUGGGCUUUAUCCUGAAGAGAUUUACGGAAGCGUUUUACAGAGUUGCUAAUCCUAUUAAGAGCAGCCAUGACAGAUGCGCAGAUUCAGUGUUAUGCUACCUGCUAGCGUCUAUCAAAGAAUCGCCGGCCAUUCAUGUUGUUGGACUACUGUUGCCGGUGCUGUGGGACCACUCUGAUCAAACGCCAUGGCCAGCUGCCAAUCAACAGCAAGAUCCAUGACACCUGGGUUGUUCUUCAAAACCUGUUGAUGUGUAUGGUGUGCUUCUACUCGGUGUACUAUAUUGUGGUCAGUCUCUGCAUCGGCAUUCUCAGGGUGGAGGAGGUUGACAGCUUGUUAGCUCCUUUUGACUACACGACUCAACCAUCAUGGCAAAGUCCGAAAUAUUUAGUGAGUGUGAUCUCCACAGAGGUGACGUACGUUCUGGGCGGUCUGAUAUUCGCGUGGAUCGUGGAGGAAUGGGUGUGGGACUACGCCAUCACUGUCACACUGCUGCACGUGGGACUGACCGUAGCCGUUAUGGCUGAUUUUCCCUCAACAGAGCACUGGUGGAUUGCUCUCGGCUCUGGUUUAUUGAUGAUGAUUUUUGGUGGACAACUCCUGGCUUACCGACUCUUCAGAAAUAAUUUUGUUCAUCCUGCAGAUCUUCAGAAUUUCUGACACACUGUGGAAUAUGUACAGGGAUGAAUAUUCUCGGUUUUGUACUGUAUUUUCUUUUUUACAUCAUGGUGUAGUUUGAAAUGGUUUUGUUAUUCCUAUACACAAUAUUUUGCAUUAUGGAUUUGUUUUGAAACUGCUGAUAAAAAAA